UUUAGGAUUAGUGAAAUUUUGUGGUCCAACAACUUAAAACACCUAAGAUCCUUCCCUACUUUUGUUUUAAGGGGUCCUUUAUUUCUCUUCCAAUGUUUAUUGUUUACUCUCACUUCUCUUCUUCUCCUAUUGUUCUAUCUUUUGUGUGUGUGUGUGUGUGUGAGAGAGAGAGAGAGAGAGAGAGAGAGAGAGAGAGAGAGUAAUAAGAAGGGAAGAGCAGUUUAAGAGAAAUGAGUGAGGAAGAAGAAGAGGAUACUUUCGCCGAAGAAGAAGAAGAGGAGGCUUGGGAGAAGAAGCAUAAAGGCAAAGCUACGAGUAGUAGCACUAGUAGUAUUGGAGCUUGUCAGGUCGAGAGAUGUACUGCGGAUAUGAGCAGAGCCAAACAGUACCACAAACGACACAAAGUCUGCGAAGUUCAUGCAAAAGCUCCUGUUGUUCGGAUCUUUGGUCUUGGCCAACGUUUCUGCCAGCAAUGUAGCAGGUUUCACGAGCUCAGUGUAUAACGGCCCGACCGCCCACGGCUAAUGGGCCACCCACGCCCGCUCUCUCGGCCCGUGGGCCCCAUCCCAUCCGACGGUCGGUCGUUAAUUUUCCAAGGCUCGAAAUCAUUAUUUACUGACCCUGCAAUUCCCCGUGCUUUGGCCUCACUCGCACGCUAUCGCGAAUCACUUCCCGAUAGGUCACCCAUCCUUCCACUACUCCAGCUCAAGCACGCUUAACUCUGGAGUUCUUUCAGGAUGUACUCCGGAAAAGGUAAGUCAACUUUGGUGAUAUAGGUAGCCAAAUCAAUUCUCUUAAGCUUUUUCACAUAUCACAACUCGGGAUGUUACAAUUCACCCCCUCUCAAAGAACGCAACGUCCUCGUUGCGCCCCACGACAGGUCUCAAGACGCCUCUCAGGUCAGAACUGAGACGGCUAACCAGCUCUGAUACCACUUAUAACGCCCCGACCGCCCACGGCUAAUGGGCCACCCACGCCCGCUCUCUCGGGCCGUGGGCCCCAUCCCAUCCGACGGUCGGUCGUUAAUUUUCCAAGGCUCGAAAUCAUUAUUUACUGACCCUGCAAUCACCACCCGACCUUUCCCCGUGCUUUGGCCUCACUCGCACGCUAUCGCGAAUCACUUCCCGAUAGGUCACCCAUCCUUCCACUACUCCAGCUCAAGCACGCUUAACUCUGGAGUUCUUUCAGGAUGUACUCCGGAAAAGGUAAGUCAACUUUGGUGAUAUAGGUAGCCAAAUCAAUUCUCUUAAGCUUUUUCACAUAUCACAACUCGGGAUGU